UUUCGUUCACCUCCGCGUCGGUCCGUCGCGCCCAAUAAAGCCAAGUAAAUGGCACAUCUGCCUGCAUUUCCAGCUGCUGCUGUUCAGUCCGCGUCGAUUCUUACCAAGGCUGCUGGUGUGCCUCGGCUCUGGACCCCAUCGGCGACGGCAUGCCGGCGAUCCGGGUGCUGACGGCGCUGGACCAGGCGCGGACGCAGUACUACCACUUCAAGGCCAUCGUCAUCGCGGGCAUGGGCCUCUUCACCGACUCCUACGACCUCUUCUGCAUCGCGCCCGUCAUGAAGCUCAUCGGCCGUGUCUACUACCCCGCCGACCCAACCGCCGCCAGCCCCGGUGUCACGCCGCCCGCCGUCGUCUCCGCCACCGUCGGCGUCGCGCUGCUGGGCGCCGUCGCCGGGAACCUCCUCUUCGGUGCGCUGGGCGACCGCGCGGGGCGCCGCCGCGUCUACGGCGCCUCCCUGCUCCUCAUGGUCGUCUCCUCCGUCGGCAGCGGCUUCUCCGUCUGCCGCACGCGCCGCUGCGCGCUCGCGUCUCUCUGCCUCUUCCGAUUCCUCCUCGGCGUCGCCAUCGGCGGGGACUACCCGCUCUCCGCCACCAUCAUGUCCGAGUUCGCCAACCGACGCACCAGGGGCGCGUUCAUCGCUGCCGUCUUCUCCAUGCAGGGCUUUGGGAUCCUCGCAAGCUCAGCCGUCACCAUGGCCGUCGCCGCAGCGUUCGACCGGUACACGGGCCGACGCGCGCCGCUCGACACGCCGGAGGCCGCGGACCUCGCGUGGCGCGUCAUACUCAUGAUCGGAGCCGUCCCCGCCGCGGUCACCUUCUACUGGAGGAUGGCAAUGCCCGAGACGGCCAGGUUUACGGCGCUGGUGGAGCGUGACGUGGUGAAGGCGACCAACGACAUCGGCCGCGUCCUCGGCGACCUCAACCUUGCCACGUUCACCGAGGAGGAGGCGGCCGCCUUCCGCUGCGCUGCUCCUCCGCCGCAGUUUGGGCCCACGGCGGCGUCCUACGGCCUCUUCUCGCGGCGCUUCCUCCGUCGUCACGGCCGGGAGCUCUUCGCGUGCGCGGCCGCCUGGUUCCUCCUGGACAUCCCCUACUACAGCAGCACGCUGUUCCAGUCGCAGAUCUACCACCCGUGGUUCCCGCCGGCGGGGCGCGUGAACGCGUUCCAGGAGGCCUUCAACGUGGCCAAGUUCCAGGCCAUCAUCGCCGCCGCCUCCACCAUCCCGGGCUACUUCGCCUCCGUGCUCCUCAUCGACCGCGUCGGCCGCCGCAGGCUCCAAAUGGCCGGGUUCCUCCUCAUGGCCGCCUUCCUCCUCGCGCUGGCGGGGCCCUACGACCGCUACUGGCGGCGCGGCCACGCCACGGACGCCUGGUACAUCGUGCUCUACGCGCUCACCUUCUUCUCCGCCAACCUCGGGCCCAACACCACCACCUUCAUCCUGCCGGCCGAGCUCUUCCCGGCGAGGUUCCGGUCGACGUGCCACGGGAUCUCCGGCGCGGCUGGGAAGCUCGGCGCGCUCGUCGGCGCCGUAGGGUUCCUCUGGGCGUCGCAGGACCGGGACAGGAGGAAGGUGCUGGCGGGGUAUGAGCCCGGCAUCGGCAUGAUGUACGCACUCAUCAUCCUCGCCGGGAUCUGCCUGCUCGGGCUCGCAGUCACCUACGUGUUCACGCCGGAGACCAUGAGGCGGUCGCUGGAGGAGAACGAGAGCGAGCACGGCCAGGGCCAUGCUGGCGAAGGCGAUGUCGGCCAGGGCUUACAGGAACUUGCUGAGCUGCCAAAGAGCCCGGCGUCCAUGGUGAGCUCGCACGUUAGCUCGUCACCUAUUCAUCCACACCGGUUUUCUGUCUGAAACUGAAACGUGUGGUGCUUCCAUAGUGCUCUAUUGGUUUAGGUGUAGAGUAGUUGAAAAUUAAUCGAGAAAGGCUUCGGUUUGCCUGUUUCAUAUAUGUUGUACAAAUUGUAUGCGCUCCUAGAGAAUAUAUGAUGUUUUCACAA